AUGUCGUCGCACGAGGUGAAGCAUAUGGCGCCCGCCAGUCUGCGCGAAAUCGAGGGAAACCCCUCAAGCAAGGAGAUGGACGACAUCCAGCUGGCACGCAUGGGAAAACGUCCGGUCCUGAAGCGGAAUUUUGGGUUGAUGUCCAUGCUGGGCUUCAGUUGUACGAUAUUGAUCACCUGGGAGGGCAUUACAGUUCUUUUCCUGCAGGCAUUCCAGAAUGGCGGCCCAGCGGGGGCGGUAUACGGGUUUAUCUUUGUUUGGGCUGGCGUGGCGGCGACAUUCGUGGUGCUAUCGGAACUGGCAUCCAUGGCUCCCACGUCGGGCGGACAGUAUCACUGGUGCUCCAUGCUGGCGCCUCCGUCGGCCAUGCGACUCUUCAGCUACCUCACAGGCUGGCUCACGGUGAUCGGAUGGCAGGCGACCUACGCGACGUCGUGUUUUCUGUGCGGCACGCUGAUCCAGGGCCUGAUCGUCCUGACGAACCCAAGCUACGAACCGCAAGCCUGGCACGGAACGCUGCUGUUCUGGGCCGUGUCGGUGUUCUCGGUCGGCAUCAACAGCUUCGGAGGAAACGUGCUCCCCCGGUUCGAGGGGCUGAUUUUAGUUUUGCACAUCCUGGGAUUCUUCGCCAUCCUGAUCCCCCUGACGUACAUGGCGGACCACGGCACGGCCCGCGAGGUGUUCACGGAGUUUAUGAACCUGGGCGGAUGGCCGACGCAGGGGUUGUCCUUCUUCAUCGGCCUGGUGGGCUGCGUCUUUGCCUUUGCCGGAGGAGAUGCCGCAGUGCACAUGUCCGAAGAAAUCGCCAACGCGCCCGUGUUAGUGCCUCGGUCCAUCAUGCUCAGCGUGGCCAUCAACGGCACGCUCGGCUUCAGCAUGCUCAUCGCCCUGCUUUUCUGCCUCGGCGAUAUUGAGACGGCGCUGGAGUCCCCGACGGGAUUCCCGUUUAUGGGGAUUUUCUUGCAGGCAACGGGGUCGGUGGCUGGCACUGCCACGAUGGGCGCCAUCAUCACGUCCAUGGGUAUCAGCACGUCGGUCGGCAUGCUGGCGUCGACGUCGCGGCAGUUCUGGUCGUUCGCGCGCGAUCGAGGGAUUCCGGGGUGGCGCAUCUGGAGCAAGGUGACGGCGCGUACGUCCGUGCCGACGUACUCGGUCGCCCUCACGACGGUGAUCUCCUGCCUCCUGGCCCUCAUCAACAUCGGCUCCGACGUCGCGUUCAACGACCUGGUCUCGAUGUCCAUCUCGGGUCUGUAUUUGUCGUACAUGGUGGUCGCCGGACUGCUUCUCUACCGACGCGUCACGGGCGGCAUCAGCAAGUCGAAGCCCGGAGACGAGACGAUGGUCAACACAGCGGGCGCGCGACUGGUCUGGGGUCCAUUCCAUUUGCCUGGUAUCUGGGGAGUCUUGGUGAACACGUUCGCUCUCAUCUACAUGACCAUCGCGGUGUUCUUCAGUUUCUGGCCUCCGGAGAACCAGGUGACGGUGCAGAACAUGAACUUCAGCGUGGUGGGCACGGUGGGCGUGAUCCUCCUGAGUCUGGCGUACUACUUUCUGCGGGCGAGGAGGGUGUACGAGGGACCGAUCGUGGAGGUGCACUUGAACCAGUGA